AUGGCUAACCGCACGCUCAGCAGCCGCACCGUAGCACUGAAGGAAGAUGGUGUAGAGUUCUCGGCAGGGGAGAGUGACGGCGAUCGGCCUAGUGAGCAUUAUUACAGAACAAUAAGAAGGACCAGGAGGUUGAGACUCAAACCCAACGCUUCUGAUGGCGAAUACAUUAUCCCACGGUCAUGGAAGAGCAUCUGGCUUGAUUAUGCCACAGAAGUACUUCGUAACACAACAAUUCAAGGUUUUGUCCACUUCACAUACAACAGGAGACACCCCCUUGAACAUCUCUUCUGGUUUUUGUGUAUUGCUGUGGCAGUGGGCUGCGUGGCGACCCUGAACAUGUCAACCUGGACACGCUACAGGGACAGUCCAACCGUCAUCUCCAUGGAGAACAACUACAGAGAUUGGAACAUUUCCUUCGUUUCUGUGUAUAUCUGCCCUGAUCGUACAGUCAACGAAACGAGGUUGAAGGCAACCUCAGAAGAACGAGCUAACUCUACUGAAUCAAAUGAUGUGGAGCGUCUGAAAAGGUUUCUAACCGCUCUCGCUGGUCUUACACACGAAAAUUUGAAAGAUCUGAAGGAAUUCGCAGGAUACACACUGAUACAUCCGAGUGAAUACUUGGACUUGGUUCACAAGGUGCUGUACUAUUACAAUCGUCUCUGCUGCUCCUAG